GCAGGCUGACCUGGCCAGGCCUGCCGGCAGAGCCCGAUGAGACCCAGGGGAGGGGAGGGGAGGGGAGGGGAGGGGAGGGGCAGGGCGGGCGGGGCGCUAGGCUCCGCGGUGAUGGCGCUGUCUGCAGGGGACGAGGCGCUGGUGCGCGCGCUAUGGCGGAAGAUGGGCAGCAACGUGGGCGUCUACACCACCGAGGCCUUGGAGAGGAUCGUGCUGGCCUUCCCCUCCACCAGAAUUUACUUCGCCCCCCUGGACCUGAGCCCCGGCUCCAUGCAGCUCAGAGCCCACGGCAAGAAGGUGGCCGCCGCGCUGAGCGUUGCCCUGGGCCACCUGGACGACCUGCCGGACGCACUGUCUGCGCUCAGCGACCUGCAUACGCGCCAGCUGCGAGUGGACCCGACCAGCUUCCAGCUCCUCGGCCACUGUCUGUUGCUGACCCUGGCGCGACACUACCCCGGGGACUUCAGCCCAGCCAUGCACAGGGCACUGCACCGCUUCUUGACUCACGUGGCCUGGGCGCUGGCCUCUCCCUGUGGCUGAGGCUCAGAGGGCAGGGACCACACUUUCACAACUUAAGUGUUUGAAUAAAGGCUUGAAGGAA